AUGGCUCUGAGCAUACCGUCACAAAGUCUAAAUGCUAUCAAAUAUGGACCAUGGUCAAAAGAUGCCCGGAUAUCGGGUCUUACUCCACUUACUCCGCUUUUCCCAAGGGCGAGAGUUGAUCCAGAAGAACUUGCUCUCAGGAAUCAAAUUGAGGAUUUCCAACGAGAGAAAUUCGAGGGAUUUACUUCAAGAGAAUUGGCGGACAUGGACGUGAUAACCGACAGGAAGCUGAAAGAUUCGACACUGGAGAACCCAAUUAUGCCACUUCUUCGAAUACAGAGAUGGGAAUUACGGCCUCAUCAACCGGAUUUGACGAGAAAUUAUAUGUAUCCGCUCAUGAUCGAUGGUGAGCAGCAUGGUGAUUGGUCAAUGCACAAUCCUCUGGUGUAUGAGAAGAUGAAACCUGUUUUACAGUUGGCUACUAGAACUAUUAUAAGCAUGUAUACAUUACCGUGGUUUGCAGCCCUAAUCUUCGGUAAAAGAGCUCCUAUAGAUCCAGCAAGGGUUCGUCCACACGACGAACUUCCAGACAAUACCGUUUCCUUUCUCCCGUAUAAUAUAGGCCACUACGACAUCGUUCGAGCAAAAAUGAUCCAGAUAUUCUAUGACUUAGAACAUGUCUGGAAUCUCAAAUUAGGUUUCAUGGCACCCGGAGAAGAUCCUCGAGGCCCGGAAUAUCCUCUUGACCCGGACGAUAAGAUUGAGGAUGAUGUGUAUGGACUUACCGUAACGAAUUAUUCAUACAUGAUAAUAGAUGGUUCUCCGGUACAAAAUCCAGAUGAUGAGAAUCCACCUUGGUUCUAUGAUCAGGAAGCAUUGGCAGAAGUUGGAUAUAGUUUUGAGGCUGCUUUAAACGGGGGAACAGUUCGCGCUUUCAUAGAUAAACCGGGAAUGCCAUAUGGCCAUUGGUUUCAGACUGUAUGGCCAACAGUGGAAGGGCAACACCUAUGUGGUUCUAAAAGUUUAACAUUAACACAACCUGACCCUUUCACCUAUCAAGAAGAAUUUCCCAUACCAGUGUCUUUCUAUGAAGAUAUUCAGCAAAGGAACUUCUGGGAAUGUGUAGUACAUAAAUUCGGACACAAGUUAUUUCACUAUCGAACACUCAGCCAUGGGACGCGUAUCAACUUUAAAAUACACCGUAAUAACAAACAAACACCUAUAAAAUUUGCCAUGAUAGACACCGGCGGUAUUGGACCAGUCAAUCAUGAUUAUGGUGGUGCUCCUAAGGUUUUAGUCGAUAGGUGGUUGAGUGUACUUCGUAUUCGUGGUAUGGGAACCGCACCCGAGACAUCCAAGCUAGCUUCAAAUUUUGGACAAGCUCUUCUAGAUAGCUCAUUGAUCGACAAUUCCUUCUGGACAAAGUCCCAAAGUCAGCGGCAGAGUGUCGAUAUAAUUUUUGAUCAUCUUAGAAAGGAGAGCAGAUCGAUUGAAGAGACAGUCGCAAGGUUUGGACAAUUGAUCGAUUUCAUAUCGAUUAUUUUGCGAAAUCACGAAAAUACAAUCGAUGCUUUGUUUGGAAGUGUUCUGGUUGUGGUAAGAGGUAUAGAGGUACCGACGGAACAAAGAAGAAAAACUUUACUUUCUUGGAACAGAGGCACAGGAAAAUUUAUCAAUGAAUGCGGACAGCAAGAAUACGCUACUCCACAACAAAAACAACAACUUACGGAGGAACUGAUCGCAUUAGAAAGAUGUCGCAUGCGACUCUUUAGUCCAGAUCUCGUUAACGAGACUAUUAGGUCUGGACCUGAUUUCGAAGAAUUGAGACUUUUACUUUGGCUUAGAGAUUCGUAUCUCAGGGAUCAGGUAGAUGCUUGUGAUGAUUAUUGUAAUCAAUUGGAAAAUAUUGACGAAUGUUCACUUUUUCCCUCGUUGUGCGCACAGUUGAUUAGGAUUUCGAUAUAUGAGGGGAGUGAAGUAAGUGAGGACAGAAUUUCUACUGGUACUGAGUUGCAGAAUUUGAUUGCUGUUUAUGAAAAGCUGAAAUCGAGGUGUCCCGAGUCAUGGGUUGAUAUGUUUAGGGUUUGGGAUGAGGUGGUGGGUAUUGCUGUGGAGAUUAUUAGGGGGGUGAGGGAGAUGUAA